AUGGGCCUUUUCGGCCACAUGCGCAUUCACGAGAGCGGCCUUCACCGCACUGCCGACACACCCACCACAUCCAUCGUGCACAACCCCACCCUCGUUCCAUCCGUCCGCGUCACCACAACCACCACCGCCUCCUCUGUAGCUGACACUGACACCGCCGACUUCUCAUGCCCACACUGUCCACACACAUUCACCUCACGCAUCGGCCUGGUCGGUCACUUGCGAAUCCAUCGCACAGAGACUGGCGAACCGGUGCCUGGAGCACCCACCUAUGCCCACCAAGCUCGUCUCAACUGCCUACACUGUCCUCGCACUUUCAGGCAUCGCAUGGGCCUAUUCGGCCACAUGCGCAUCCACGACGACCUGCGGUAG